UGGACGAUUUAGAUUACUGGUUGAUUGAAAUGGAAGACGGCAAUACCGCAGAGUAUGAAGAGGAGGAUGAUUACAUGACUGUCGAUAAUGAUUUUUGGGACGAAGAAUUUGGAGAAAGAAAGCGAAGGAAAGUUGAAAAAUCAGGAACGGAACGUCGGCGCAAUAUAGAUCGGGAAAGUCUCCUGCUACGAUAUAAAGUUAUGCAGGUUAGACUACAGGAUAGGAAUGGAAACUUCUUCACAGUCAAGAAGAAAGUAAGCAAUACAGAUCCAAGUCUACCUACGUAUAUUAGGAUUCCCCCUUUACCGAUGCCACGUUCUUGGGCACAUACAAUCCUCUCUUCGCCAAUAGAAACAUCUACAACUAUUCCUGGUUCACGUUAUUUUGAAAAAGAUAUUUUAUCGAUGGACCUUACCAAAUUGGGAACCAAUUUUCAAGCAGUCUAUAUUGAUCCUCCUCUUCUUUUACCAAAAGAAACUCCAUCACCGGGAAAGAUUACAUUGCAACAAUUUGGAGCACUCAAUGUUUCAAGUGUUGUUCCGAAGGGAUUUCUUUUUAUUUGGGUUGAAAAGGAAUUUUUGCCAGAUAUUGUUCAAAUCGCAGAGAAAUGGAAUUUUCGAUAUGUGGAAAAUUUCUGCUGGAUAAAAAAGAAUAUCAACAAUCAGAUUUCUCGUGAAUCAUAUCGAUAUUUUAAUAAAUCGAAAUUAUCUCUCUUGAUCUUUCGAAAGGACGGUGAUAUCGAGCUGCGUCAUCAAAGAAAUCCAGAUUGUGUGUUUGAUUUUAUAAAACCCAGAUCUAAGGAUAUGCUCACAGAAGCAAAACCGAGGAUAAUUUAUGAUAUAAUAGAGACGUUGCUACCACAGGCUACAUUUAGUGAACAAAAUAAUAAAGGAGAUAAGUUGCUAGAAUUAUGGGCAAAAAAGGAAGUUCGUCGUCAAGGAUGGACAACUGUUGUACAAUCCGUCUAG